GUCGUGAGUUUUAAAUACAAACAAUUGGCAAAGCCAUGAUUUCCAACAACAGAUACGAAUAGGUACCUAUGUACAUAUUACUUUUUUAAUAUUUAUACUUUUAUUGCACACCCUACAAACCUUGGUCUACUGAAGGGCAAUGUCAGUGGCGUGUUUGUUGUGCUAACGCUGUUCAUCACAGACAGUAGUGACGAGUUGGCAAUUGGAAAGACGUUCCUCCUAGUGACGACCGGAUAAGAUUAGAAGAAUUACGCCAAAAUGGCCAAAAGUGUUGAUUUAUUGCAUAUCGAUGUAGAUCAACUGUUUAAGCAGCACAAUGUUGCCGAAAUUGACCUGGUACAUAAACGGCUGCUGAAUGAAAUUGAGCUAAAGCGUGAAGAACUACGAACGAUGGUUGGUGAACGUUACCGUGAUUUGCUGAAAGCUGCCGAUACGAUUGGUGACAUGAAAGAAACGGCUGGUUCGAUAAUAGGCAAUAUUGAUCGCAUUACGGUUCGCUGCCAGCAGCUGAACGAUCACAAUUUGAUUGGUUUUCGUACCGGAACUGACUACCUGCGCAUGCAGAAAAAACACCGUGAUCAUAACUUCCACGGUGUAAUUGUACAGAUAAAACUUCUAACCAGUUUGCCCGAGAUGAUUUGGAGCCGUAUCGAUAAGGAAGAUUACUUCGUCGCUACGCAACUGUUCACCUUUGCACGUCACAUCUCGACGGGCCUCAGCUUGGACAAUGAACGGGAAACUAUGCGUAAAUUUCCUGUGGCUGGCAAACAGUGGCAAGUGCUAAGUCAAUUUUUUUUCACAAUUGAGGCCGCGUGUCGCGAAUCGCUGGGACGUGAGGAGCUUUCUGUUUCUGUGGCUUCCAAGAGCUUAGCAAGUUGGCUACUGUUAGAAUCAUGUCCCGUGGAGCAAACGCUCUCCAUGUUCACGGAACGACGCUCAAAAGCUUUCCUUGACGUGCUAAAUGAAAACGAAACCGUAUAUGGGAAGGUAAAGGAUAAAUUGUUUGCAAGUCUUAAGUUACUGACUGGUACAGUGCGGUUGUUUUAUGAGUGUUUCAUGGAUGACCAAACAGCGGACGAUGGCGUUGGUGGCUUUCAACGAGAGUUGCAGCAGAUUACAGGAGAUAAUGCAGCCUCAACGAUAGGGCUAAUACGAUCGGAAGAUCCUAUGAUUAUGCAAAUGAUACCGGAAAUGAUUGCAAAAUUCCGACCACGUUUGGAACGGAUUACAUUGGAGGAAGAGAAAGUUCGUGUUGCCGUUGCAACGUUUCUGGAUAGCAUCGAAACAGCCAUUGCUAGUCAUUUAAGGCGCUUGGUUAGUUUGGUUCCUUCUAUUAAAAUGUUACACGAAAUUAAAAUGCAAGCAAUUACCUCGGAAAAACCUACCCACUGGAGCACCAUUACUUGCAAGCUAGGUUUACCAGAAGGAACAGAUUUUUAUACAACAUUCUACCAGCGGCUGCUAAACGAUCGUAUGCAAAUCAUUAUAAAAUCGACAUGGUCGGAAACAGUACACAAAACAUGCUCGGAUAUGUUGAAUUUAUUGGUCCAAAAACCAACCGACUUGAAGGGGUUUGUCUGGAAGGAAUCCCUCGACGAUGUUCCGAUGAAUCUGAAGACCGCGCUGGAUCGAUCCAUUCCGUCCAAUCGCAAGCUGCUGAUGAAGACCAGAGGUUACCCGCCUGAGUUAGUUUCACUUAGCGAUUCACUAAAUGGACGAUUACAAGCGUUAACGCGUGAUGUGGAAUCAUUCCUUUCGUCCUCCAGUCGGUCCGAAGUUGAUGCAAUGCUCGCAUACUUUCGACAAUGCUGUGUAGAAGGAGUAGCAGAGCUGAUAACUGCCAUCAAAUCAGCCCAGUUUGAACCCACUGUAGAACGGUAUGCAUUGAUGGCCAGGUUUCUCAUAGCUGUGCGGGAACUGUGUCCGGCGCUGCGAGAGUGCUUUAUACCAACGACGAUCUAUCUGUCUGAAAGCUGGCAAACAGGAAAAAAAUCAUCGUCUAGCAUGGUAGUAUCUGAGGAGGAUCCAGAGCGAUGGGCAAAAGUAGCCGGAUUGCUGGAGGACGAAAGCCUGAAAUGUUGGACACUGUGGGUGGAACUAUUCCAGCACCAUUGGCCAUCACUGCCGGUUGCUAUUGGGUACGGUACGAUGUUGAACGAUUUUCCAGUCUGGGAGACGGUCACAAUCGAAGAGAAUGAUGAACAUGAUCAACUAAUUAAAUCUCAAAUCCGUGUGCCCUCGCAACCGAGCUUUCCGGUACAGAAAUUUCUGCAUCAUGUGCACGAACUGCUGAACGAAGCCGUUCCACAAACCAUUCCGCACCCAAUUAUGUUGGACAUAGUGGAACGGCUUGCAGGUUUACUGUUGCACCACUACGCUGCUCUAGCCGAAGAUGAGUUCGUCAAGCAGAAUCAAACCGUGGCCUUACAAUUUUAUCUCGAUCUACGAUUCCUGCAACUCAUGCUGAUUGGCCGCGAACAAAAGCAACUAAACGAGAGCUUCAAUGAACUAAUCGGCCGCUUCAAAUUUCACAUCGACCCGUUCGAUUUCGACGUAUUUUAUGCGCACCUGAAUGCGAAUGUUAAGCGGUCCGCUUUGAAGUUACAACACUUCCUUGGCUCACUCAUCUGUCACAGCGAGCAACUGGUCUCGAUUUUGGGCACUGGAACAGAGAUAGACACGUGCGGUUCAACAUCGUUGGACAAAAACCCCAACAUCCUUGUAGUCAGUUCUAACAGUUUGAGCAUGAUGUGGUUCCCGCUACUACCGGUCGUUAGCAAAGACACUGCUGCAUCGACGAUGCACAUGAUUGGGUUAAGUACAUCACUGCGAAGCGAAACCUACAGUGCUAAGAAUCAGAAACAUAUAACAUCCGGUGAUGGCGAGAUAGGAAAGGGCGCAUUCAGUAGUGGUAGUGGGACUUUAAAACAAUCCACCAGUAAAGAAACUACAUCGGCGGGUACAGCGCAACAUUACGCGAAAGGUGCUGCCGCUUUCUUCGGUUUGGACAAGGAUUGGUUUCGAUGAGCAGUGACUUGGAUAGUCAGACAACAACGGCAGAAAGUUAGAGCUUAAUCGGAAAAUGUAAUAGAAAGAAAAUUGCAAUUUUUUGCUAUUAUUUCAACAUGAUAGUAAUUAUAAUUGCUUGUUUAUUUUAUUUCCGUUGAAUGUUUAAAUGUGCACUAAAUCGCAAGAAAAACAAUAUUAAACAACCUUAAAGUUAAA